CCCCUAGGAGGGCUGGGGAGGGCACUGGGGCGCGGCCGAGAGAGCGGGGCAGCCUUGGCUUCCGCAGUUUCGAGCCUCUGGGCUAGAGAGCCCGAGCUGCAGCUCUGCCCCGAGGCUGGGAGCUACUGCCUGCUUUCUCCAGUUCUUUCCCGGCGUCUGGAAGUCUCCAGAGUUUUUGUUUUUGUUUUUCCUCCCCUAAACUGCCAUCCAGAUUAAUAAUCCUCCUAAUAAGCUGAUCUCCCGCUCCUCCCCACCCGCCUACCUCCCGCCCUCUUUCCUCCCUCCCUCUCUCCUUCUCAUCUCCUUGGUUGCAGCCGGAGGGAACCCAGCAGCUGCCCCGGGUCGGGGGUGUCCGAGCCCAGAGGGGGUGUUAGAGCCCGGCGAAUCGAGGCGAUGGUCCCCGGGGCUCACGUUUGCCCUCUGUGCAGAGAACUCCGGCCGCCCCCGCCGCUGAGCACAGGGCUCGUCACAUCCCCAGGCAUCUCAUUCCCAAAUUAAAAGUCAACAGGGGAAACUCGGGCAGACACCCCUCCUCCCGGGCCCCUCCCGGCUCCCCCGCCCCAUGCCUGCUGGGGAGGUUGCCUGGUGCGGAGGCGGCAGCGGCGGCCGAGGCCGAGGCAAACUGUGCGUGACCGCGCCUGCGGGGGAUUUUGCUAUCCGUGCACCGGGACCCGGGGAGGAAGAACCAGCGGCUCCCCAUUACCUCCCCCUCCAUUUCCAUUUCGCGGACCCCUCAGGGACUCGUUUUGGGGUUUCCACUGACUUCUAAGAAGGACGCGUGCCCCUCUCUGACCCCAGCUCGGGCGGCCACCUGUCUUUGCCGCGGUGACCCUUCUCCCAUGACCCUGCGGUGCCUCGAGCCCUCCGGGAAUGGCGCGGAAGGGACGCAGAGCCAUUGGGGGACCUCGGGGUCGGCGGAGGAGCCGUCCCCGGAGGCGGCGCGUCUGGCGAAGGCCCUGCGGGAACUUAGUCACACAGGUUGGUACUGGGGAAGUAUGACUGUUAAUGAAGCCAAAGAGAAAUUAAAAGAGGCACCAGAAGGAACUUUCUUGAUUAGAGAUAGUUCGCAUUCAGAUUACCUACUAACAAUAUCUGUUAAAACAUCAGCUGGACCAACUAAUCUUCGCAUCGAAUACCAAGAUGGGAAAUUUAGAUUGGACUCUAUCAUAUGUGUCAAGUCCAAGCUUAAACAAUUUGACAGUGUGGUUCAUCUGAUCGACUACUAUGUUCAGAUGUGCAAGGAUAAGCCGACGGGCCCAGAAGCCCCCCGGAACGGCACUGUUCACCUUUAUCUGACCAAACCGCUCUACACAUCAGCACCACCUCUGCAGCAUCUCUGUAGACUCACCAUUAACAAAUGUACCGGUACCAUCUGGGGACUGCCUUUACCAACAAGACUAAAAGAUUACUUGGAAGAAUAUAAAUUCCAGGUGUAAGUGUCUCUCUUUUUCUAAACAUGCCUCCUAUAGAGUAUCUCCGAAAGCAGCUAUGUAAAAAGAGAACCAAAACUUGAGUGACGGCUCUGGAUAACUACGCAGAAUUCUAAGAACAGCUGAAGUCAAUCUAAUUUAAAUGUGUGGAGGGGUAGCUAGGUAUUUAAAGUUCCCCCAGAUAUUUUCACCUGAGUGAUGCUUCCCUUCCUAAGGCUGACCAAGACCAGUUUAUCCUUUUAAGUUAAAAAUAAAACGUCCCAAGUAAAGGCUGAAGGAACACUUUAUCAGAACUCUGCCUUUCUGAGGUUCCUGUUAGGUGGAAGGUGCCAGCACCGGCAGUAGAGAAGGAGCUCCACUUAGGAGUGCUGAAGAAGUGGAAGGAACCAAACUGACACAGGCUUAACUUCAAUUUUGUAUGCCUGGUGAUCAGAGUCUAUUUUAGGACAUUGGAUACUUUGCAUUCUGAUGUACUUAGGAGAUUUGUUAAACAGAUAUGCUUGUGAGUAUUUAUCCUUCAUUUUAUGCAAUUAACCAAAUCAACCAAAAAAAGUGACCAUGAAAUCCUGUAUUUGUCUUUUUACUACAUGUAUGAACUCUCUCAUGUGAAUGAGUACUGUAGUAAUCCAUUUCAAGGGAGCCUUAUUUCAGAAAUAUUUCAAACUGGUGCAAAUGGAAAAGACUUCUUUUCCUUUAAGGCUAAAGACAAGAAUGUCAUGCUAUACAGGUGCAACUCAAUCCCUGUUAAUAAAACCAUGUAGAUAGAGACAUUUUACCCUUUGAAGUAGCUGUGUCCCACAACCUGUUGCCAUUGAUUUUUCAGAAAUGGCUUUAGAAAUUUCCAAGUGGUCUAACCAUGGACAUUAGCAAUUGUCUCCCUUCUACCAUGUAGAAUACUCUGACUUAAUUUUCUUCCAGAUAUAGGGGGAUACCUGCCUGUUUUUCAAAGUGUUUAUUUACUGCUGUUACUAUUUGAUUAGAAUGUAUUAAAUAAAAAAACCUGA